UGUGCGUGGAAUUGGAAAGGCAAUCGCAUUCACUCGUCAGUAGUAGAAUUUAUAUUUAAUUACAGGCAUCAAAAUCAGCAAAAUAUUAGACGUACACCCACCCACCAACCGAAAACCGUAACCCUUCAAUCUCUCUCCGACAAGGAGAAAAAGAGAAAUUCUAGAGAGAGAGAAAGCAAGCAGCUCAUCAGACGGUCUUUUUUCAACAAAUAGAACCGACAUGUGACAAUGGUGGUUUAAAGGGUUUUUGUGAAUUGAGCUACUCCUUGGAGCUUCUCAAUGGAAAUGCCUGGUAGACGAUCGAAUAAUUACACUCUGCUCAGUCAGACUCCCGACGACCACCACCACCAGCACCCGCCGAAGUUCUCCGCCUUGUUCGGCGGUGCACCCUCUUACUACGAGUCUCUACCAGGCGACAAGAACAAAAUUAAGAACGAUAGAGGUUUUGAUUGUGACCUAUCUGAUAAUCGGAUGAUUCAUCAGCCGAGUCGAAUUGGGGCGGGACCGUUUCCGGUGUCGAUCGGGCUGCAGACGCAGUCCAGCGGGAGUAGUUUCGGUGAAAGCUCGCUUUCGGGGGACUACUACGUUCCGUCGCUGUCUAUGGCGGCCAGCGAUGCGGAUACGUUCGGUCAGUUCCGUGAUGAUGUAUUCAGGAUUGGUGGUGGUGGCGGCGGCGGCUCAUCAUCAUCGAAGAGUUGGGCGCAGCAGACGGAAGAGAGUUACCAAUUGCAGCUGGCUUUGGCACUUCGGCUUUCGUCCGAAGCUACCAGUGCUGAUGAUCCCAAUUUUCUGGAUCCGGUAUCGGAUGAUUUGGCGUUAAGAUCAUCAACGUUGUCUGGUUCAGCACAGGUUAUGUCACAUCGAUUUUGGGUGAAUGGCUGCUUAUCAUACUUUGACAAAGUUCCUGAUGGGUUUUACUUGAUUCAUGGGAUCGAUCCAUAUGUAUGGACCGUAUGCACCGAUAAACAAGAGAAUGGCCGUAUUCCAUCAAUUGAAUCACUGAAGGCUAUUGAUCCUAUCAUCAAUUCUUUGAUCGAGGUAAUUUUGAUUGAUCAGUAUAGUGAUCCUAGCUUGAAGAAACUACAAAACAGGAUACAUAGCCUAUCCUAUAGUUGCAUUACCACAAAAGAGGUUGUUGACCAGCUUGCAAAGCUUGUCUGCAAUCGUAUGGGGGGUUCAGCUUCCACCGGAGAAGGCAACCUUGUUUCCUUAUGGAAGGAGUGCAGUGAAGACCUUAAGGAUUGUUUGGGGUCUGUUGUGCUUCCAAUUGGUAACCUGUCUGUUGGCCUCUGCAGACAUCGUGCUUUGCUAUUCAAAGUGCUAGCUGACACAAUUGAUUUACCAUGUCGAAUUGCCAAGGGUUGCAAACAUUGUACAAGAGAUGAUGCUUCUUCUUGUCUUGUUCGUUUUAGUCUUGACAGGGAGUAUCUAGUUGAUUUGAUUUCGAAGCCAGGCUGCUUAUGCAAGCCCGAUUCUUUGCUUAAUGGUCCAUCUUCUAUCUCAAUUUCUUCACCAUUGCGCUUCCCGUGCUGCAGACAAGUUGAACCUGUGAUUGACUGCAGGUCACUGACCAAAUAUCAUUUCUCAGACUUUCAAGCACUUGAUAUUGUAUUUGAUGAGUCUUCAACAGGUGAUGCUGGAGACUCCAUCUAUCCUAAGCAAUCUGAUAGGAAGUGCAUGCCUAGUUCGAGCAACAACAAUGAAAGUUCUCAAUUACCCCUGCCAUCAAGAGUUGCCUGGCCAAUUACUCGUGAUAGAGAUCCACAGCGGUUCGAAUCAUUUGCAGAUUCGAGGUUUAUGGAAGGAGGUCAACUAAAUCCAAGUAAACCAAGUAAAGAACUUACACUUGAUGUGGGAGAUUUGGACAUUCCAUGGAGUGAUCUUGUUCUAAAGGAGAGCAUUGGAACAGGUUCUUUUGGCCGUGUCUAUCGUGCUGAUUGGAAUGGCUCGGAUGUUGCCGUGAAGAUUCUUAUGGAACAAGAAUUUCAUGCAGACCGAGUUAAGGAAUUUUUGAGGGAAGUUGCAAUUAUGAAAGGCCUGAGGCAUCAAAAUAUAGUUCUUUUUAUGGGUGCUGUUACUCAGCCCCCAAACUUGUCCAUAGUCACAGAAUAUUUACCAAGAGGUAGUUUAUAUAGACUUCUACAUAAACCUGGUGCAAGAAAAGUGUUGGACGAGAAGCGUCGUUUGUGCAUGGCUUAUGAUGUGGCAAUGGGAAUGAAUUAUCUUCACAAACGCAAUCCUGCCGUUGUUCAUAGAGAUCUGAAAUCACCAAAUCUUCUAAUUGACAAAAAUUAUACAGUGAAGGUCUGUGAUUUUGGUCUUUCCCGUUUAAAAGCAAACACAUUUCUUUCAUCAAAGUCAGCAGCAGGAACUCCCGAGUGGAUGGCUCCGGAGGUUCUUCGUGAUGAACCAUCAGAUGAAAAGUCGGACGUGUACAGCUUUGGCGUGAUUUUGUGGGAACUUGCAACAUUGCAGCCUCCCUGGAUUAAUUUAAAUGCAUCACAGGUUGUAGCAGCUGUUGGUUUUUGGGGAAAAAGGCUUGAGAUUCCAAAUGGAUUAAAUCCUCAAGUAGCCACCAUUAUCGAGGCUUGCUGGGACAACGAGCCCCGGAGACGUCCUUCUUUUUCCAGUAUCAUGGAAUCCUUAAAGCCAUUAAUUAAACCUUCCACCGCUCAACCUGUUCGUUCAGACAUGCAAUUACUCACAUGAAGGAUUAUAUUGGCUAUUGAGAACUUCUGCGACCCAACAAGCUAACACUGCUCUUAUUGGAGAUCAAUUACGCAUUUCCAUCUGCAUUUUCCCGUGAAAUAUAUGCACCAGGUAACUUUAUCAAGUACUAGGAUGGAGAAUUUGAGCGAUCUGCUCAUAAUUUUGUAUAUGCAUUGUUGUAAUUGAAGCCAGCUUUACACGAAUCAACCUUGUCAUGCCAUUUGAGUGUGUGUCCCCCGUUGUUGCAUUGUAUCACUCAUAUGAAAAAUGUAGUUGGUACACAGGUCACAAAAUCUCUCACAGAAAUGGAAAUGUGUUUAGCAUUUGCAUUAAGAUGUAAGAAUAAUUUUGUAUUCCUAGUGUUCAUGUCUGUUUAUCUAUUUAUUAUUAUUAUUAUUAUU